GCGGGCACCGCAUGCCCCCGGGCCGGGCGGAGACGCGGAGCCCGCGGCCGGACGUCCCGGAAGCGGACUGCACGAAUUGUAUCCUCGCCGAGCACCCUCACCGUGCCCUUCCGGUCGCCCCUGGAGGCGGAGAUCGCCCGCGGGUCCCUGGCCCCAGAUGCUGAACCGCACGGAGGGGUGGUUCAUAAGGAGUUCACACUGAACGGCAGCGUCCUGGCUGUCCGAUGGACUGCUGAAGACCCUCGCCUCCUCCGGAUUUCCAUCAUCAACUUCCUCGAUCAGCUUUCCCUGGUGGUGCGGACCAUGCAGCGCUUCGGGCCCCCUGUUUUCCGCUAAGCCUCAGCCGGGAAGAGGGGCUGAGGCCUAAGUUUGUGUUUCCCCCACGCCGAGGCAGUGCGUCCUUCCCUGGGCACUGACUCCUGGAGUAGUUGCCGCUUUAGGAUGGGGGCCUAACUGUUGGCCUGCGUUGGCUCUUGGGCGCUCUCGGCCAAAUUGUUUUGUUUCCCCGUUGUUGGAGGAGGGGGGGGGGUGUUGAAAGGUUUGUCACAGCGGAAAAUAAAACUGAGCUUCUAUUCCGUGUCUGAAUUCCUUUGCAGCUCCCACACCUCCAGAGUUUCUUGUCCUCGGGUUGGAGGGGAGGUUCAGGGACUCAGAUAUUCAGGUAGUACAGGGUAAUUGAAGACAGUGUGGGAAAUGGAAGAAAAUGGAAAUCACUCAUGUCCUGUCAUUCAGCAUUCACUACUGUCAACAUUUUGGAAUAUUUUCUUAGUUUUGCCGUUGUAUUUAUACAUUACAUGUAUAACAAUAAAGUUUUUCUAAGUUCAACAUUUUUUUUCCUAAUUUUUUUUUCCGCUUAACAUUGAGCUUUUCCUCUUUCUACAAAUUCUUCAAA